AUGGCCUACGCUACCGCGACCUCACCUCCGGUUAUGGAUGCCGAUACCCAAACUAGCUUAAAGCUCACAACAUCCCUUCCUCGAUCAACCUCCCUACAUCAUGUCGUUACCUCUCUACCCUCUUCUGGUCCGACUCCUUCCUCAGCACCUUCCUUUACCUCCUCACCGACCUCAACUCCCGUCUCAGUCUACCCAGGUCCGGGUACACCGAAUGCCUUCACCCCUGCAGGUACUCCUCUCCAACCUCCAAGUGAGGGCCCUCGUGGUCGAAUUUAUCCUCUUCCUCUUCCCGCCCCGCUCGAACUUGGCGAAUCUAUGAUGGCGGUUCCCGAGACCAUCAUCCCCAACGUCAAUGGGGUCAAUGACCCAUCUAUGUCUAGCUCCAAGGCUCCCGGCCUAAUGCGACGAAUCUCCCGAGGCGCCGCCAGCAAACUAACAAGGAGAAGGCAAUCCGCCUCGCAGAACGACAAGCGAGACCGAAGCUCUGGUCCUGUUAUCAUGCGCCGAAGAAGCGACAGCAAGAACGGUCAGGCCACCACCCGAGAUACCGCGCUCGAGUCUAGCAACGAGGACGACUCCAUUGAAGCCUUGGACGGACUGGGUGCUUGGGCUGGCUCGGAGCCAUCAAGUCUUCGAAGUGAAAGCCGCAUGAUGUCGGCCCGCGAAUUGGUCGCCAGUGCCGGUAGUGCUGUCGCUCCCAAGGUGGACUCUGCCGUGCAGCGCGGAACCGUCCUGACCAAAGUAACGAAGAAACACCGCAAGCAGGUUCGUUUUUUCUUGGAUUUGGACGCUGCGAAGGUGUUCUGGGAUGUCUCCAAUCCUGCCAAGCGCUUCUAUAUCGACGAUAUCAAGGAGAUCCGCGUUGGUGCAGAUGCCCGCAAUUACCGUGAAGAGCACCAGAUUCCCGAGGAUACCGAGAGUCGGUGGUUCACCAUCGUGAUUGCCGACUCGGAACGCUUCAAAGGCCGCGCAUUCAAAACCCUACACCUGAUUGCCCCCAAUGACCACAUUCUCGAGCUGUGGACUACGACUUUGGAACACAUUUCUCGAUACCGGAUUGGCCUGAUGGCUGGUCUGGCUGCUUCGGGUCAGAGUGACGCCGUCCUUCAAGCCCAUUGGCAGCGUGAGAUGUCAAGAUUGUUCCCGCAGGGUCUUCGUCCUGGCGAGGAGCAAAGUCUGGACUUCACCGCCGUUGAGAGUGUGUGCCGCAGCCUACACAUCAACUGCUCCAAGAACAUGCUUCGAGCUCAAUUCUCCAAGGCCGACGCUGGUCGUAAUGGCCGGUUGUGUUUUUCCGAGUUCAAGGACUUUUUGACGCGUCUGAAGGAGCGGAAAGAUGUCAAGGAAAUUUACAAAACUCGUGCGGAGGAUCACAAGACUGGUCUGACUCAGCAAGAAUUCUUGGAUUUUCUGCGCGAAGUGCAAAAGGAGGAUGUUGAGGCUGAUCGUGCACACUGGAUCGCUUUGUUCGAUAAGUUUGUUAAAAGGUCCAGACCUCGUCUGUCUAACGCUUCCGACACUUCCAAUACUGGCACCCUCCCACCCCCUCGUAUGAAUCUUGAUACAUUCUCGGCCUAUCUGGCUUCCCCAAACAAUGGAAUUUAUGCGUCCAAGGCUCCCCAGUCGCGAUUUGACCGCCCACUGAACGAGUACUUCAUUUCCAGCUCGCACAACACUUACCUGUUGGGCCGUCAAGUCGCUGGAGCCUCAAGUACCGAGGCUUACAUUAGUGCGCUUCAGCAGGGAUGUCGUUGUGUGGAGAUCGACUGCUGGGAUGGUGCUGACGGGCGUCCAAUCGUGUCUCACGGACGGACCAUGACCACUAGCGUGCUCUUUGCGGAUUGCAUCACAGUCAUCAAUCGCUACGCCUUUAUCUCCUGUGAUUUUCCUCUCAUCCUCUCCCUCGAAGUGCACUGCAACCCCGAGCAGCAGCUGGCAAUGGUUAAGAUUAUGAAGGAUACCUUCAAGGAGCAGCUUAUCUUGGAGCCUUUGAUGACCAAUUGUUACAUUCUGCCCUCACCCGAGGAACUCAAGGGCCGCAUCUUGGUCAAGGUCAAGACUUGUGACGAAACUGAGCUCGACCUUCGCCAGGAUACUGUUAGCUCCAUCGGUACCGUCGGUACUCAUGGUCGCAAGCGCAGUGCCAGUUCGCCAUUUGUUCGCCCAACUCCUCCUCCUGACAUGACUCUCUCCAGCAGCACCAUGCCCCUUCCAUCGCUUUCGAGCCCACCCUCGAUCAAUUCGGUGGACGGCAUUGGCCCUUUGAUUUCCCAGGACAGACGCUCCCUAACGGCGACCAGCAUGAGCAGCGCCACCGAAGACAGCGAUGGAGCCUUGAUUUCCGUUCACAACGAGAAGAAGAAGCGUCGUCGCCAGAAGAGCAAGAUCACCAAGCCUCUCUCAGAUCUCGGCAUUUACACUCGCGGCUACAAGUGGCACAGCUUCUCCUCACCGGAGAGCAGGAAAUACAACCACGUGUACUCGUUUGCUGAGCGUGCUUUCGAGAGUAUCUGCCAGAACCACGACAACAAGGUUUCUCUCGAGGCUCACAACCGGAAAUAUCUCACUCGUGUGUACCCCUCAGGCUUCCGUCUUCGUUCUUCCAACUUCGAUCCGAACAAGUUCUGGCGUCGCGGUGUCCAGAUGGCAGCGCUCAAUUGGCAGACGUACGACAUCGGUAUGCAGAUGAACCAGGCCAUGUUCGCGGCUGGAACUGAUCGCACCGGUUACGUCCUCAAGCCUGACUGUCUCCGUCUCCCAAUGGCACCGGGCGAGGGUCCAAAGCGAAAGAUGGAGCGGAGACUGGUUCGAUUUGCGGUUGACGUGAUCUCGGCGCAACAGCUUCCGCGACCUCGCACUCUUGGUCCCGAGGACAGCAUUAAUCCCUAUGUCGAGAUCGAGAUGUUCAGCGCUGAUGACCGUGGUCAAAGCCUGGUCUUUGGUGAAGGCGGUAUGGAUGCUUCUGCACGGAGUGGUAUGUCCGGCAUUGGAUAUCCGCACCGUCGACGCACCAAGAUCGAGCCAAGCAAUGGUUACAGCCCUGUCUUCAAUGAUCGUUUCAAGCUCUCCUUGGAAACCAAGUAUCCCGACCUGGUCUUUGUCCGAUGGACCGUCUGGAGUUCCUUGGACGGCCGCAGUGCCGGAAACAACAACAGUGUGCAACUGGCUACCUUCACUGCUAAGCUCACCAGCCUUUCUCAGGGUUAUCGCUACCUGCCUCUGUACGAUGGCAGCGGUGACCAGUACCUGUUCUCAACCCUGUUCUGCCGCAUCUCCAAGGAGGACCCUGUUCCAGUUCAACGUCUGGACUUGGAGGAGCUCCGUGCCGAGCGCAUGGGCAUCUUCCGCCAGAUUGGCCAGACUGUCUUCAAGCGUUCGUCGUCUACUGAUCGUGAAAAGGAUCAAUCUGCCGAUCGCAGUGACCCCGUCAGUCCUGAAGACAAGGAUAGCUCUCCAAACCUCACCCCGACCGUCUCCACUACGUCCGCCUCCUCAUUCUUGCAAUGA